GGUACACGUUUCACAGAUUUGUCCCAUUUCGAUAAUUUCGAUCUGCUAAUCUCCACAUUUCUAUCGUUUUCUUACGACUUAUAUCUUCAAAGAUCUAAAGCUAUGGGUGGUAUUGUGAGUUUGUUCCGAAGCUUUUUUGGCUCGAAAGAGUUGAGGAUCUUGAUUCUAGGUUUGGAUGGUGCCGGCAAGACUACAAUCCUGUACCGACUGCAGGUCGGAGAGGUGGUCACAACUAUUCCAACAAUUGGUUUCAACGUAGAAACAGUCACACACGAAAACCUGAAAUUUCAAGUGUGGGAUCUCGGUGGUCAGACAAGUAUCCGGCCGUACUGGCGAUGUUACUACUCAAAUACAGAUGCCAUCUUAUAUGUUGUUGACAGCUCAGAUAGAGACAGGAUCAGUGUAUCGAAAAAUGAACUAGUCAGUAUGUUAGAGGAAGAUGAAUUAAAGAAGGCCAUAUUAGUCGUAUUAGCCAACAAACAAGACCUGGAGGGUGCCAUGAAGAAGGCCGAGGUUAGCAAUGCGCUAGGUUUGACCGCAAUUAAAAACAGACAAUGGACGAUUGUACCGACGUCUGCAGUCAAAGGUGAAGGUCUGAAGGAGGCUAUGGAAUGGUUAGCGGAAGCGCUAAAGCACCCAAAGUAGAAUCGCCAACACUGAACAACAGCUUUACAUCAUCGUGUCAUGUGACUCUCACCAACCAAUCAUCAUCCUGCCAUAUUCAUCGCAAAGGGAGGAAGAAUGCAUUCCGUAUCAAUGAACGAUUCCCUUGGAACAAUUUGAGGACAUAUGACAAUGACAAUAUUAUUUGUGUUUUUUAGUUGCGCUGUCUGUAAAUGAGGGCGUGUUUCAAAUGUCCUAAUCGCCACACAAACAAGAUUUUAGUCGCUGCGACGGAACCAUGACGACUCUGCAGCUGCGUUCCAACACAAUCGCCAUAUUGUCAUGGUUCGUUGCCAGUCGCAGCGACAAAAAUCGCUUGCUUGUGAGAUUUUAAGGUUGUGUCAAGUCACUAGUCAUUACCAGGUGAAAUCUACUAACUCACACCCCACAUCUUGUUGUUGUCCAAAAUGUUUGAAUAUCACUGCUUUGUCAUUUUGAUCAACUCCGUCAAACCACUUAGUCUUGGUGUGAGACAAGUAGAUUUUGCCUGUGUCUUGCUACCUAACUCCACAUGUUGUUAGGAUGAGCAGUCUUCAUGUAAGGACGGCAGUCUGCUGUCUAGUUUUAGAAUUGUUAAGUCUACUUUGAAAAGCUAUUGGGGAGGUAAAGGUAUUAAACAAAUGCAUAGUGUUCGAAUCUUAAGUAGCAGAGGUAAAACUUGGAUGAUUUCGGCAUUUGACACAAGUUUCUUUGGUGAGACUUAGAUGCGGUAUGAUGAAAAUACAAACUUUUGAUAGCACUUGUGGUGGGGUCAAUUCUGUCCUAUAGUAUGUGUACUGAAUGUCAUGACAAAUUCUAUGUGUCUCUACUUCAUCACACAUAGGAUCUUAUGUUUUUGUAUGCAUCGGUUAUUUAUUUGAAAAUGUUUAACCAAUUACCAAUUAGAGUUAUAUGAAUUACAAUACAUCUUACAAGUUUAGAACAUAUUUGUGGAAAUUCCAAUUGGGUUUUCAAUUUGAGAACUUGGGAGACAACUUUGGAAUUUGCUUGUCUCAGUGUUGUUGGCUUUAGUUACAAAUCAGGGUUUAUGUCAGCUCAUUCUAAAUGUAGAAUAUAUUUGAAAUUAGGUGAUGUAAAAACCUUGAUUGUCAAGAUGUGACCUGUGACAGCAAAAUCAGGCGCAUGUCGCACAGAUGAUGAGCCUAAAUGACACCAGAAGAUAAUGGAAGAAAUUGAUGUACUCUGAUUUCACAAAAAGCAGACAACAGUGAAAUGAACAAUCAUUCCGUUUCAGCCAGCCAACGUUAAAGCAACAUGUGCCUGGUUUUGCUGUGAUGGGUCUCAGUUUCAAGAAACUGUGAAUAUUGCUUUGUUUACAGUGUUGUAUGUAGUUAGAUAGCUGUACACUUAAUUAGUAUUCAACUUAAGAAGGUAUUGCCUGAUUAUUUAUUAUUUAACUGUUGUUGGAAAUAUCUGUCUUUUCUACUUUCCGAGUCGGUGCAAAAUUUGAGGGUUGUUGUCUAUAAUUGGUAUGUGUCACUUUUCAAUCAAUGAUGACAAAAAUUCUCCUUCUGACCAAAUUCCAAAAACCUGAAUAUAGGCAUGGAAUAUAUACUUAGAUCUAGGUCUUCUUAGAUAUUUCAGAAGAAAUUUUCAUCUCGGGAACCUUUGUGGUUUUCAAAGUCAUUGAGAAUAAGAGUUAUGGUGAUUGGUGGUAACUUAUACAGAUAUUUCAAACAGGGACUUUGUCUAUUUACUACUCUCAUCUCUGCCUCGUCGCGGGACCAGUCUCAGUCUUUGGUCUUAUCCUGGGAAAUAAUACAAUACCUUUUCCCAAUGAUCCUCAACCUUUGCCAUAUAUAACAAGAUGUAAUCACAUUAUUUGAAUUCCUUCGUAAGUUAGUUUACAGGAAUAUGCUGUUCAUUUCUAAGAAUUGACAUUGAGGUCCAGGAGUGGUCAUUUGCGUUGCCGAGUUCGGCUUGUUUUUGUAAGUGUUUUGCAUGUCUCACUUCCAAGGAUUCGAACGUCUGCAUUCCUGGGAACAAUCUCAUAAAGAUUAUCUGAUAUGUAAAUAAAUCCUUAUACAUAUAUA